CUUCUUCUCCUUCUUUGAAUGGUGAGAUGCUAGCAACCACAACAUGAACUCCACCAGCCAUUUCCAUCCUCAGAUUUUAUUUAAAGAUUCCAUCACAUAAGCUAUAAAAGAGGGGAGAUGUAAUCUAUUGAGGUAAUCAAGGAGAUGACCAGGGCACGCAGAAUCCAGUGGUACAGUUAUAACAGUGCGCUGUUGUUACUGCUGAAAGUGACAACAAGUCCAAACACAACCAUGGCGGAGACUGAGGAAUGGGGAAAGCCUGUGGAGAGGAGAGGGAGAUUAACUGCAGUCCUGGCACUGGCAACCCUCAUAUCUGCAUUUGGUUCAUCCUUCCAGUAUGGCUACAAUGUCGCUGUGAUCAACUCUCCAUCACCGUUCAUGCAGCAGUUCUAUAAUACCACCUACCUGGAGCGUUACGGUAGGCCGAUGGAGGAGAGUUUCUUGACUCUGCUCUGGUCUCUGUCUGUGUCCAUGUACCCGCUAGGAGGCUUCUUUGGCUCUCUGAUGGUGGCUCCUCUGGUCAACAAACUAGGGAGGAAGGGCACCCUCCUCUUCAACAACAUCUUCUCCAUCGUCCCUGCUGUGAUGAUGGGGGUCAGCGAGAUUGCCAAGUCUUAUGAGAUCAUCAUUGUGGCUAGGUUUAUAGUGGGCAUCUGUGCAGGUCUGUCUUCCAAUGUGGUGCCCAUGUAUCUGGGUGAGCUUUCUCCCAAAAACCUGAGAGGAGCCCUUGGCAUCAUACCGCAGCUCUUUAUCACCAUUGGCAUCCUCAGUGCACAAGUGCUGGGCAUCAGAAACAUACUGGGCAACAGCACAGGUUGGCCUCUCAUGCUGGGUUUGACUGGUAUUCCUGCCCUGAUCGAGCUCCUGCUGCUGCCCUUCUUCCCAGAGAGCCCCAGGUACAUGGUCAUCCAGAGAGGUGAUGAGAAGACGGCAAGGAAAGCGCUACAGCGUCUGCGUGGCUGGGAAGACGUGGAUGCAGAGCUGUCGGAGAUGCGUCUGGAGGACCAGUCGGAGAGGGCCGAGGGCCGCCUGUCUGUGCUCACCCUGCUGUCCCAGCGCUCUCUCCGCUGGCAGCUGGUCUCCAUCGUCAUCAUGAACAUGGGCCAGCAGCUGUCGGGGGUCAAUGCGAUCUACUACUAUGCAGACAACAUAUAUGCCAAUGCAGGGGUCAAGCAGAAUGACAUCCAGUACGUCACCGUGGGAACAGGGGCAGUGAACGUCUUCAUGACCAUAGCUGCUGUCUUCAUCGUGGAGGCCUCAGGACGGCGGCUGCUCCUCCUCUGUGGUUUUGGGACCUGCUGUGUUGCCUGUGUGCUGCUGACAGUCGCUCUCAACAUCCAGGAGAGCGUGACUUGGAUGCCCUACAUCAGCAUCACCUGUGUCAUCAUCUACGUCAUAGGACAUGCCAUAGGACCCAGUCCCAUUCCUUAUGUUGUGACCACUGAGAUGUUCAGGCAGUCCGCCAGGCCCGCUGCUUUCAUGGUCGCAGGAUCCGUCCACUGGCUCUCCAACUUCACUGUCGGCCUCGUCUUCCCCUUCCUAGAGAGAGGCCUGGGCCCUUACAGCUUCAUCAUUUUUUCCUUCAUCUGUCUGGUCACGUUGAUCUACAUCUGGCUGGUGGUCCCAGAGACCAAAAACAAGACCUUCCUGGAGAUCUGCCAGAUGUUUGCCAAGAGGAACAAAGUAGAGAUUAGACUGGGUGACGGUGAUCUGCCACUGAAAGAGAUCAAAGAACGCCUGGCGGAUGCAACGAAGGUCACAGCCUUCUGAAAAAAAAUGAGGGCAUGCAGGGUAGAGGAAGUCUUCACUUUGGGGGGGUUGUAAUACACGCAAAAAUGUUUUGAUUUAGCCUCUGUUUUUUAUUUUUACAAGCAAUCUUUACAGAGUCGCU